CUCGGUUAUCUACAUAGGUAAGGAAUUUGAGUCAAGUUAAAAAUACUGUGUGGCUUCUUAUAAAUAUCGUUCUAAUUUUCUUGGUUCAUUCAUAUGUUACAACGCUUUUAGCACAAAAUUAAAUUUAUUGAUUUUACGAGAAGAGAUCUUACAAUUCAAUGGCGGGUGGAGUAGUGAUCGAUGGCGGUAAAGAGGGUAAAGAUUAUCCUGGAAAACUUACCGUUCAUGUUUUUCUAACUUGCUUACUAGCUGCUGCUGGAGGUUUAAUCUUUGGAUAUGACAUCGGAAUUUCAGGUGGAGUGACAUCGAUGCCGAUGUUUUUGGAGAGAUUCUUCCCAUCAGUGUAUAGGAAGCAAUUAGCAGACUCAGGAACAAACCAGUACUGCAAAUUCAACAGCGCGAAAUUAACAAUGUUUACGUCCUCCUUAUACUUGGCUGCACUAGUCGCCUCUGUCGUGGCAUCCUUUGUCACACGGAAAUUAGGUCGUAGGAGAUCCAUGUUUUUUGGAGGGCUUCUCUUUUGUGCUGGUGCUAUUCUCAAUGCUGCUGCUCAAAACGUCGCCAUGCUUAUCAUUGGUCGUAUUUUGCUUGGUUUUGGCAUCGGCUUUGCUAAUCAGUCAGUACCAGUUUUUCUAUCAGAGAUGGCACCUUACAAGCACCGUGGCGCGCUAAACAUGAUGUUCCAACUCACAAUCACAAUAGGAAUCCUUAUAGCAAAUCUUCUUAACUACAGAUUUGCCAAGAUUGAGCACUAUGGAUGGAGGUUGAGUCUCGGGGGAGCUAUUGUCCCCGCUUUGAUCAUCCUUGUAGGUUCGCUUAUCCUCCCUGAAACCCCAAACUCCCUAAUCGAAAGAGGCAAAGUCGAAGAGGCCAAGCAAAAGCUAAUCAAAAUCCGAGGGGUGGACAACGUUGACACCGAGCUGCAAGACCUAAUUGCAGCUAGUGAAGCAUCUAAGAAGGUGGAACACCCUUGGAGAAGCCUCUUAAACAGGCAAUAUAGGCCUCCUCUUACGUUUUCGAUUGCUAUCCCAAUGUUUCAGCAACUUACUGGAAUUAAUGUCAUCAUGUUUUAUGCACCUGUUUUGUUUAAAACCAUUGGAUUUGGAGAUGAUGCUUCACUUAUUUCUGCUGUGAUUACGGGUGGUGUUAAUGUCAUUGCCACUUUGGUCUCCAUUUACGGGGUCGAUAAGUGGGGUAGGAGAUCUCUCUUCCUUCAAGGAGGCCUUCAAAUGCUCGUUUUUCAGAUUUUAGUAACCAUCUUUAUUGGAUGGAAAUUUGGAGUGACCGGAAAUGCGGUGGAUCUACCAAAAUGGUAUGCGAUAGUAGUUGUGCUAUUCAUAUGCAUUUAUGUCGCCGGAUUUGCAUGGUCAUGGGGUCCUUUAGGGUGGCUCGUCCCUAGUGAAAUUUUUCCACUUGAGGUUAGAUCGGCAGCUCAAAGCAUCAACGUAUCCGUAAAUAUGAUUUUUACGUUUGCGAUAGCUCAAGCUUUUCUGCCAAUGCUAUGCGCCUUGAAAUUUGGCCUCUUUAUAUUCUUUGCAUUUUUCGUCGUGGUGAUGACAAUAUUUAUUUACGUGUUACUGCCCGAGACGAAAAAUGUGCCUAUCGAAGAGAUGGUGAUCGUAUGGAAAAAUCACAAAAUUUGGGGUAAAUUUAUUCCAGAUAAUGUAAUAUCACCUGAACUUAAAAUUUAAAU